AUGGACGAAGGAGAGAACCUUCUCAGCACAGCCUUCGUGGCGGCGCAGCUUGAGGUGGCCCGUGCAUUGGCGAAGGGGAGCUGCCUGGAGGUGUCGGAGUGGAGGACGUUCGGCUACAAGUGCAGCAGGAUGUUGAGCAUCAUCCUGGAACUGGCAAGCCGAAGGCAUGAGCUUUACCACGAUGCGGCCAAAGUGGCCAGCGCUGCCGUACGGGCUGCUCCGCUAUUCCUGGAGCACUGGAUCCGACUGGCCAUUGUGCUGGCGCACCCAGCGCUGAAAAUGUCACAGGAAGCAGGUGCAGUGGUACGGCAGGCCAUGGCGCUGAACCCGAACCACUUGUGCGUUGCAGGUAUGCUCAAAGUGCUGGGCAUGCCAACAGAAGGACCUUUACCAGGUGUUGAGCUCUUCAGCCAGCGACUCGAAAGGGCUUUGGGCGGCUCCAACGCCUCCAGGCAGGCUGCUCGAGCCAGUGGCCAGGCUGUACUGAUCGGCUCCAAGAUGCGACAUGUUCAGCGACGCUGCCGAGAAGCGGAGGGCCCGACUCGCACUGCACUGUGCUGGUUGGAGUACGCGAAGCUGCUGACACGUCGAGGUUGGCUUAUAGCAGCGCUCGGAGCCUGCAUGCACCUGGAGGCGCUGGUGCUUGCAGAUGGGCGGCCGGAAGCCUUGCGGCAGUUCGGCGAGGCUCUCGCCGCGCAGGUCCGCACGUGCCGUACGCCGCUGGAACAAGCAUUGUACGGGCAGACAGCGAGCCAUUGGGGCACUAGCCUCAAUGGGGAGGAGUUCGAGAGCCGCACGCCAUCUCCGUCCGAGCUGCUGUCGGAGGCCUGGCUUCGGAAGCAGGAGGCCAACACUUUCGACGGUGGCCGAGAUAUGAAAGCAGCGUCAAUGGCCAAGCUCACGCUGAGUUGGUGCUCAGUCUACAAGCAGAUGGUGGUUACCGGAACUUCCGGGCCUGUGGAGAAAUCGGAGAUCUCCUCGCUCUUGACGGCGAACGGGCGCUUGCACCAACACCUGGGACAGCUGAAUGGUUACUUGCCUGAUGGGGCUGAGCAGCAGGCUGACUUGACAGGUGCUCCUGGUGUUGGAUUCGCGCCGGAGGCACGAAGCGAACGCCGAUCAUGGGAGGCAGUGGCAGAGCCUGUGACAGCGCAGUGCCCACCGCAGGGUAUGCGCGUGGAAGGAACACCUGCGGGGGUGACAGGUAGUUCUGCUGCGACACUCGCGACGAUGCUGAGGGAGCGAGAUGAUCUUCACCAGCGUUUGCAAGCCACGGAGCUGGCUAGGUGUGCUGCGCAGCAACGCCAUGCCACGGCGGAAGCAGCGCUGCAGCGCGCCAGUGAUGACUUGGAGCGCCAGCGAAAGCUCAUCUCUGCCUCGGUUGCAGCCAGAGAGCAGUCUGCCAAUGAUGCAGAGCUUCUUCGGCAGCAGCUUCGGGAGGCACAGGACAAGUUGGCUGAGCUAGAUCUCGCCCUGGUAACCAGGAGCGAGCGGGUGCGGAUAAGCGAGCGCGAAUAUGCCGAAGUCCGUGUAGAGUUCGAUGCGCUGGCCGCAGCGAAUGAUGCCAUCAGAAAGGAACUCACCGCGACCCGACAUCGCAUCGCAGCUGAGCAGCAAGGCUGCCGCGCCGCGGAGGCGGAGCUCUCGGAGUGCCAGGCGAAGCUGAGGGCCGGGGAGGUGGAAUUUGCAGCCGAGUUGGAGUCGUUGAGCAAUCGCCGUCGCACCUUGGAGGCCUCGCUCAACGACUCCUCUGCAGCCCUUGCAGCCGCGGAAGCGGAAGUGGCAGACGCUCGUGCCCAGAGUCUUGGCCUUCGUGCACAGCUUGAGGUCCUGGAGGCUGCCAGAGAUCAGCUUGCCGCACAAGAGCAGCAGGCUAGUGCGAAGCAGCGAGAGGAGGUGCAGCGCCUGGAGUCCGCAGCUGCGCAGCUCUCUUUCGAGGCGGAAGAAAUCUCCCGUAGACAUGCGCAGGCGAAAGCUUCGCUUGAGGAGCUGCAGAAGGCGCAAGAAAGGGACACGGAGAGGACGCAGGAGGAUGCCUUCAGCCAAGCUCGCGCAGCAGCGGCGCAGCGCUGCCGGCGAGCUCGUGAAGAGGUCGCAGAGGCUGAGCAAAAGCUCGGAUCCCUGCUGCGGCAGUUGGGGGAGGAGCGACGACAGGGGCUGCAGCUUGCAAGAGAGCUGACUGCUGCUCGAGAGGCUGCAUCCGCUGCAGGCGUGCUGCGCUCAAAGCCUGCUCGCCGCUCACGCAGCGUGCCUAAAGCCAACCCAGCCAAAGUUGCCUCACCGUGGUCAGAGAGUGAUCUGCAAGAGACCUGGUCUUCCAGUGCCUUGCGCAUGCACCGCGAGCUCGAUCUCCUGCAGAGGUGGAAGGCAGAUGCCCUCACAGUGCUCCAGAAGAUGCAGGCAGAUGUCUCCUGUGCGCAGGAGAAAUAUCGAGAACAGCUGGAACAGAAUCAGACACUGCAGCAUCAGCUGGAGCACGUAGGCUGGCCGCCUUGCAUCAAAGCCAGGAGGGCCAGAGGGGAUGAGACAAUGCAGCCACUUUGGGAGUCGCGGGCCUCCUUUUUGCGUUGGAUGAGUCAAGCGCUCGGUGACAAGGCCAGCAAGCACACCACGUGCUUGCGGAGCUUCCACGCUGCCAAGGUGCUGCUGUGGCCCCGGAGCCAUUGA